AUGAUGGUGGUGGACAGAAACCUGUUUUCCCCGCUGGGCAUAUUUUUUCUAAUUGUAUUUGGAAUCAAGUCCAUUGUUUCCCUGUUAGGGAAUGGAUUCAUCCUAGCCGUGAAUGGCCAGAGCUGGCUCCGCAGCAAGAAGAUGCUCCCUUGUGAGUUCCUCUUAACCAUUCUGAGCCUCUCCCGUUUUCUCUUGCAGUGGGUUAUUGUGAGCAGCCAAUUUGUGUAUUUCAGCUCUCCAGAGACAUACACAUAUGGCAUAAAUCAGCAGGCAUUCUCUCUUAGCUGGAUGUAUUUGAACAUAGCCAGUCUCUGGUGUGCCACAUGGCUCAAUGUCUUCUACUGUGUGAAGGUCAUCAACUUUGCCCACCAGUUCUUUGUAUGGCUGAAGCCUAGAAUUGGGGUAUUGGUAUCCAGAUUCCUUGGAAUAUCACUACUAGCUUUCAUCAUCUGCUCCGUUCCUCCAAUCAUGACCUAUUACGAAGAGAAAAACUGCCGCAAUCACAUCGGAACUCUAGCAGAGGACAUCAGCCGAAGCGAGACUUGUGGCAGCCGUUUACUUACAAAGUUAAGUCCUCUCCAGUUCUCUUUUACUGCCAUCAAUUUUAGCAUCUGCUUAAUGGCAUCCCUUGUUUUGCUUCUCUCUUUGUGGAGGCACACGAGGAAUCUAAAGAAGGGUGGCCUCAGCCCCAAGGACCUCAGCACUAAGGCCCACCUCAGAGUCAUGAAGCCUUUGCUUCUCUUGCUCUUCUUCUACAUUGUACAUUUUCCUGCCAUGAUCAUUGUUAUGGGCGAUAUUCUCCAGUAUGGUAAGCUUGAGCGGCUGAUUUCUGACAUUGUCCUGGCUUCGUAUCCUUCUGCUCACUCCGUCAUCUUGAUAGUCACCAAUCCCAAGCUGAAAAAAGCAUACAUCCAUAUUCUAAACCUGAAAAGAAGUGCUUCCUAA